UUGUUUUGUUUUCGCAAAGCUUCCGAUAAUGAUUUCAGGUAGGAUUAUUGUGUUGUAACAACGAAGUAAUGCGAGUUUCAUAAGUAUAUUGUAUGUAAUCUAGUAGCAAACUUCGGAAAGCAGAGUAGACGAUUUUCUUUAGUGACUCCUGUAACUCAUCAGAAUGCAUAUGCAGAUGGACCCAAUUACGGGGCAACCCGGCGAUUAUGUGGUGCUAAACAUACCUCCAGAAGUCAUUCAAGCCGCAUUACAGCAGUCCGCUGCACAACUGGGUCUACAAGCAGGCGCACCCGGCUACGCUGCAGGGGCCCUACCCUUCGUAGUCAAUAACCAGACCCAUGGGUCUGGGCCCGUACCUUAUCCCUAUCAGCAAAUGUACAAUGUUCAUAGUUUGCCACAGCACGUUGCGCUGCAACCGCUGAUCCUGCAAGGUCAUGUUCCAAGCCCACCACAACAACUUAUGGGUCAAGCACAGCAGUCUCUGCCACAACUGCCCAUGUUCAAUCUUCAGGCGGUGCAGUCGGCGCAGCAGCAUGGUGCUCAACCUACGGGUCCUUAUGUACCAGCGCUCUACGGCCCUCAGUUCGACUCUGCUUCACUUCUUUCAUCGCCGCAACAAUCACCUUCGUCAACAUUUGGCAGUACGGCUUCGUCACAGGCUCCACAAGGACUGACGCCUCCGAACGCUUUUGUACAACCACAGUAUGUGUACAAUUUGCAACCCAUACAGCCUAACGUUCAAAAUUUUCCGUCGGGGCUGCCGAUUCACGCUGCCUUACAGCCAGCUGGUGUAGCGACUGGUAUUAUCCAGCCUCAGACGGCGUUUGGAAACCUUUCACGUUACCAGGCAGUGCUACAGCCCAUACCCCAAGCAGGGCUGCAAGCGAUAAAUCAAACAGGGCUACAAGCGCCAGGCCAAGUAAACCCACAGCCAAUACCGACAGCGCCUUACUUUUUCGGCCAUUAUAUAGCAGAACCAUGCCCAGGGUUUGGGUUCUCGCUGAUACCACAAGCUCUGCCUUGCAAAGCAUCUACUGAGGACAAUUUGCACGGAGGCCAUUCAACGACGCCAAAGGAUAACAGUGCCUCUCACCAAUCGCGUAUUUCCAUAGCUACCCCGUGCAAAAAUUGUAAAGAACCUCAUCACCAGUGAAAGCGGUGAAGUUCAAGCUUAAAAUCAACAUGAGCCGAGUGAUAUAAAAGAUCAUGAUGAACCGAAAUCAAAAUCCGUGCAUCGUCUGCAGGUGAAAAUUAAUCUACGAUACCAUUAUAGAUCUUCUAUGUGUUUUCUGUGUCGAUCAUGAAGAGAUCAAGAUUUUCCUGUAUCCAGGCCCAGGGAGCAAGACAAAAUGGACUGAAUGUCGUCGCAAGGCAACCGACACUGUUGGGAAUUCCCACGUUGAACUGAAGUAAACGAGUCGCUCUGAAGGACUGACAACGUCGAACCAUAGGACGUACGUCUGUGUAAACGACCAUUUCUGGAAGUUUCGGUAUCAAGUUCGUAUGUUAAACCUUAACCAUGGUGGGCAAUGCUGUUUCAUUCGGGCUGAAUUUUAGCAUAUAGCACAUAUGUUGUUUUACAAAGAUUGUAAGCACUCCUCUAAUACUUUGUGUCUUCUAUGCGAGUGCUUGCCUCUAGAUCUAUGAAUGUCCAACGUUUUUCCGCAGUGGAUUUUUCGAAAUCCCACCUUAGGAGCACGUCGAAACGAAAAAAAAUAUAUAUCAAACCUCGAACGAAUUCACUAUGUCAUUAUAAUAUAAAUAAGAAGUUAUAGUGAACGACUACUAAUUAAAGGAAGAACGUUACUUCACUUCAAAUUUCUAAACUGCCUCAUGUUAUGAGCGUGUUGAUCAUUUAGGUGCAUCGUCCCAUCCAUGAUCGUUCAUCUGCUCUGAACUCUAGAUGAUCUUUUGGUUAAGCAUAACAUAAAAUGGAUUAUUACACUUACCUUUGUUUUCCACUUUCUCUUUGCCUACCCUUCUCAUAACCGAGUGCCCUUUAUGUGCCAGUCAAUACAUUUUAAGGUUCGACUUUUAGACAUACGAACAGUUCCGUCUUGCUCCAUUGAUAUGUUUUGGUAUUUCGCGUACCUUUCAAUCUAAAAAAAUAUUGUAUUUUUUUAAAAAAAGUUCUGUAGAACCUGUUGCUAGUCUAGUCUUGGUGCGGAUGCUGAGCCUUAUUCCUCUGUGCAGCGAUGGUGAUAUCUCAAAUAGGAACGCAUUGAGUUUGAUUAUAGGUCGAUGCGUAUUGUUACAUUUAUUGUCCGUUUUCGUGAAAAUGCGAGAUAAUCAAGUCGGAUGGAAGCAGGUUUUAACUCCAGUAAAAUGCGGAGGAUAUGAUUUUAUGCGACUGUGGACAAUCUUUGGCAAAAUUUGAACUUUAGACAUUUAGACCUGCUAGCAUUUCCUUAUUCAAAUUUGAAUACCAAAUCUUUCAAGGUGUGUGAAUGUACAGAAGACAGGAACGGGUGUAAACAAUGUCGGCUCAGCCAAUCAUCUUAACUAAUAAAGCUAGGAAGUCUUUAUUUGGACAACAUUCUCCUGUCUCUCGUUUGCCACCUCAUUUAAAUCGAUACCCCUGUUACAUCAUUUGAGCUAGCUUGAUUCUAACUUUAUGCUACACAAGAUUAAAGACCCCUACCCAAAAAUGUAGUACGAUUCAUCGAUAAAACACAUGCUAUUCCUACGGUGGGGUACAUUGUUCUGAGCCUAUUUUGUAUUAUGAAAUCCACUAAAAGCUGCUUUUUCUUAGAUGUGAUUACCUUUCUUCCAGCGUUCCGUCCUCCUGUUAGAGCAUACAGUACAUAUGAGGAAUUGCGUCUAUAUAUAAAUCAUCGCCAUUUCGAGAACCUGCCAUGUUAUCGUCAGUAAUAGGUAUCCAAUCGUAGUGAGAUCUGUGUUGCUAGUCAUAGGAUAGAAGGGUGACUGGCCCUGCGUUCGCAACUAGCAUGACGCUCGUUAAGACAGCA